UUAGAGUGAGUUGUGUUAAGAAAACUGUGCGAAAUGAGGAGAAAUCCGCCAACAACUUUAGGGGAAGUUUUUGAAAAGAAGUACAAACCUGUGCUUGACUUACUGGCGAAAAAUCCCCUAUUCAAACAACCCGACGGGAAGCAGAAAGAACGAGCGAAAGAGAGUGUCGCAAAAGCUGAAGUUAAGACGGAAGUUAAGACGGAUAGGAAACCAUAUGUGAAAGAACUGAAGACACAAGACACCCUAGAGUAUGUUUAUCAUCCAGUGCCCAGCCGCACUCUUAGGUUCAAGGUGAAGGCCAGCAACGACGGACACGUCAUCCUGUCUGAAUCAGCCAGCCCGGGCGAUACUGACCCGGUAUUGGAGGUUUUCAUCGGUGGCUGGUCCAAUCAGAAGUCCGCUAUCAGAAGGGACCGAGCUAAGCCUGAUAAGGCUGUAGUGGACACUCCAGAUGCACUGACCAACGAAGAGUUCCGUGGCUUCUGGAUCAACUACCUUGGAGGUGCGAUCGCUGUAGGCAGAGAGAACGAGAUUGAACCUUUCCUGACAUGGACGGACCCUGCCCCAAUCAACGUUGGUUACUUCGGAGUUUGUACUGGUUACGGCGCGACUGGCGAAUGGCUGAUUGAUGGUGAGACAAUCUACACUCACGACACACUAGAGUACGCGUACCGACCAGUGCCGCGCUACUCGCUGGAUAUUCAUGUGCGUGCGAGCCACAACGCACACAUUGCCUUGACGAGCGCGCCGCGCGAGACCUCACCCAUGUACGAGGUGUUCCUAGGCGGCUGGGAGAAUUCAGCAUCUGCUAUACGCUACAACAGAGAAAAACCUGACAAGGUCCAUGUGGAAACGCCCAACCUACUGACAUCAGGAGAACACAAACACUUCCGCCUCAGUUGGAACCGAGGCUUGGUGCAGGUUAAGCGAGGAGGGGAUGGGUUUGUACUCAUGGAGUGGCAGGACCCGGUACCCUUCGCAGUCUCCCACUUUGGGGUUCGAUCCUGUUGGGGCGCCAUCGGAUUGUGGAGCAUCAAUGUGGUCAAUGACGUUGACGGCCUAGAUGAGAACUAUGAUGAUGAGCCUCUACGGAACGUUGUGUUAGAUACCCCUGAUGUGCCAAGUGCCAGCGCAGAGGUGGCAUGGGUGCCGGGCCAGGCUGGAGUAGUGCCGGCCAAUAGUGUUCUCGGCGGCUACGACAACGAGAACCUCUACGUAGGCAGAGCGGAACACGAGGGGGGUGUGAUUCCCGGCAAGAUCGUCAGCUCCCACGGUGUCUGCUAUAUAGCCUGGGGUGGAGCGGAACAUGGCAAACCUGACUAUGAGGCUCUGACAGGCAGUAACCUACAGUGGGUUCCAUCAGUGGAAGGACAGAUUCCCCCCAACGCUGUGGUGGGAGGAACCAGUGAAACGGGAGAGACAUUAUACAUCGGCCGCGCACAACACGAGGGCUCUACCACAGUCGGCAAGGUCCAACCGAGCCAUUCAGUGUGCUACAUUCCCUACGGUGGCCAGGAACUUGCAUACCCAGAAUACGAGAUCUUGGUGCAGCAGUAAUACGAACACAGCACAACAAUUGUGACGCCUUCUACGCUACACUUUUAUUUUGUACCUUCUCUUAAAACCUAAUAGAUUGUAUUUCUACCAAAACGCUUCAAGCAAUUAAUUUAGGUAUGAAUAAUAUUGAAUAAAAGAUUAUUUAUUUACUA